CCAAAAACUAUCGUCUUGUGGUCUGGUGCGUCUUAUAGAGCGAAAAAUACGGUAUUUUCUCUGUAGCUUUGAAGGUCAAUGGAAAUGGUUCUCUUUCAGUCAUUUUGUGAAACAAAGGUGGGUGUGAAGGACUUGCUGUACUUCUCAGAUUCAAAAGUUAAAGUUUAUUGCAACAAGAUUCUACUAGGGAUGCACAGCACAAGCUCUUGAAGAGGGGAGCUGUGUUAAAGCUGAACUUGACUUAAAGGCACUUUCAAGAUGGGGUUCCAGUCCCAUGUGUACUAGAUUGCAAAUUUAUUUAUAAACUAGGUUCAUUUUUCCUCCCGCUAACUUGCAGUGACCCGUUACAUCCCUAACAAGAAAGGAAAUUUAAAUUUAGCAUUUUGCAAAGUUGGUUACUAUUUUCUCUCUUCCUGUGUUCUCUCCAAAUACCACCUUGGCGUGCCUUAAUUCUAAAAGUACUUUUGUUCUUGCUUUUUCUCUUUUUUGGCCUAGACUUCCUUUCAAAGGUCUUUUGUCUUAUGUAGCCUCCUUGAGAUGCCUGUAACUUUUUUUAGACUUGUAUGUUCCUUUUAUAAGCUGUGGUCUAUCUGAGCCCUCAUAGCAACUUUUACAUAACCUCCAAGCAUGCUUCUAGUUUCCCUGGUUGAUACGCAUUGGCACAUAUCCGAAUUCAGUAAAUGAGAAAUAGAUGCCAAAGUCCAAAGCAGUUGUCCAGAAAUGUCAACAGGGGGCUUGUAUUUUACUUGGGUUACUUAAAAAUAUAUAUACUGAGUUAUCUGAGCUUUGCUUUAAUUUAAUGAUUAACAGGCAGAAAUGCAGAAACUUUAAAUGAUCCAAGUGCAACAAAAACUGAGUAACCUGCAUCAUGUCCGAAAAACCAAUUUGCAUUGCUGACUUUGAGGAACAUGCUAAGAAAUUUCUUCGAAAAUCUGUGUAUGACUACUAUAAGUCUGGAGCUGAUGAUCAGCAGACCUUAGCUGAAAAUGUAUCUGCAUUUUCAAGGUUAAGACUGUACCCUCGGAUGCUGAGGAAUGUGUCUGCUCUGGACCUGUCGACUUCCAUCUUGGGCCAGAAACUCAGCAUGCCAAUAUGUGUAGCAGCGACAGCCAUGCAAUGCAUGGCUCAUGCGGAUGGAGAAAUUGCAACCGCCAGAGCUUGCAGAUCAAUGGGAACGGGGAUGAUGCUGAGUUCGUGGUCCACAACAUCUGUAGAAGAAGUUGCCCAGGAGGCUCCAGAGGCAAUUCGUUGGUUGCAGCUCUAUAUCUAUAAGGACCGUGAAGUCACCAGGUCCCUAGUGAAGCGGGCAGAAAAAGCUGGAUACAAAGGCAUCUUUGUGACUGUAGAUACACCAUUUCUUGGGAAACGCUUAGAUGAUGUGCGCAACAAAUUUCAGCUUCCCCCGAAUCUCAGAAUGAAAAAUUUUGAAACGAAUGACCUGGCCUUUUCAUCGGAGACGGGCUAUGGCGAAAACAGUGGCCUGUCUGUUUAUGUAGCGGAGGCAAUUGAUCCAUCAAUCAACUGGGAGGAUAUGAGGUGGCUCAGAGGAUUGACUUCGCUGCCAAUUGUUGCCAAAGGCAUCCUUAGAGCCGAUGAUGCUCAAGAAGCAGUGAAGCAUGGCGUAAAUGGGAUUCUGGUGUCAAAUCACGGCGCGCGCCAGUUGGAUGGUGUUCCAGCCACUGUUGAGGUCCUGCCUGAGAUCAUUGAGGCCGUGGGAGGAAAAGUGGAGGUGUUCCUAGAUGGUGGAGUAAGGAAAGGCACAGAUGUCCUCAAGGCCCUCGCCCUUGGAGCCCGAGCUGUGUUCGUAGGAAGGCCUGUAAUCUGGGGACUCGCCUAUAAGGGUGAAGAAGGUGUGAAGGAAGUUCUUAAGAUAUUGAAAGAAGAGUUCCAGUUGGCAAUGGCACUUUCUGGUUGUCAGAAUGUGGAAGCAAUAGACAGAACAUUGGUGCAGAGAGACCCAUGGACUGCCUCCAAGAUCUAGCCGUAUUUGCUGCCGCCAGUUGGUUACAAAUUAUUUGACAGCAAACUGCAAAGUGAAUUUAUGCUUCCAGUACAGGUUUAGGCUGGAUUAACAGGCCUAAUCUUCCACAAAUAUAUAUCAAAUAUAUCAAGGCAUCAUUUUAAUGCCUAAAGACAGUAUUGGAAAAUAUUGGCAAUACCUUGAUAGAUAGCUUAAUAUCCUUUUUAUUAUUAUCCAGUGUUCAGUCAUUUGCAAUGAAAUGUGAGUACUUAUUGCCCAAAUAAGAGCCAGCAUUGUUCUUAGAUGGGCUAAAUACAUCAUUAAUUACCAAAGUUGCACGUUUUCUGAUGGGAACUGCUGAACUGCAGUUGCACAGAUAUUAGUGGCGUUGCUUUGAAGUUGUUGGCUCGCAUGACUGGGAGCGGCUGAGCUGCUAAAACGCUAAGCAGAUGUUUGGAGGGUGCAUUCGAUGAAAAGAACGGUUCCAGUGUGAAGGCUGAAAGAUACCUCUUUGCCAUUGCUUUUAACUAUCUAAUCCUACCCAAACUGGGCUCUAAACAUAGCAGCCUGAAUUAACUCUACCCUUGGCAGCUAUGAACACAGGAAGGCAAUAUGGGUUCCCCAGAGGUUGGCAAGCUGAAGAUCUGGGGAAUUGGAGGUGUGGAAAAGGCCUUUUUACAUGGUACACACCUAGCUACACUGAAAACUAGUUAUAUCAGUGGAGAAGAAACUCAGGCCCGGGCGGUGGGGGGUGGUCCAGGCCUCUUUUUCAAACCCUCAGGUCUUGGCCCAGGCCACAUUUCUCAUGGGCCUACAGUGGUACCUCGGGUUAAGUACUUAAUUCGUUCCGGAGGUCCGUACUUAACCUGAAACUGUUCUU